GGCUCCCAUUCUCCACCCUGGCUGCUUCAGGCAGCACACACCCUUUCCAGUCCAACCUUAAAUCGCAAGGCUCCCUAAGGAAACUUUUCCAGAGAAAAAGAAAUCUUUGGAUAUUCUUUGGUAGUUGCUUUCUGUCCGCCUGUUGUACUUUGGACUGUUUAUUUCAUGCUGUAAUAUAGACAGCAAACACUUUCAGGAACUGCAAGGCAAAGGAGCACUGUAUUGCCUAGUGCGUGUGAAUGGUACUCUAACCCACACUGGAACCCUCCACCAAAGAAGGUCACUGGGUUAAGGCACAGGAUAUUACACAGCAGAGCACCAUACCAGGCCUCCAGCAUGGAAGAGCUCAUAUGGGAGCAAUACACUGUCACCUUGCAAAAGGAUAGCAAAAAAGGUUUUGGCAUAGCAGUUUCUGGAGGAAAAGAUAAUCCACAUUUUGAAAAUGGAGAGCCUUCUAUUGUCAUUUCUGAUGUUCUUCCUGAUGGUCCUGCUGAUGGUGUCCUACAAGAAAAUGAUCGAGUGGUCAUGGUUAAUGGAACACCUAUGGAUAAUGUUCCACAUUCAUUUGCAGUGCAACAAUUACGAAAGUGUGGAAAAACUGCUGUGAUUGUAGUGAAAAGACCUCGUAAGGUUCAAGUAACAGCAAUAAGGCGAACCCCCUCUCCUGAACCUGAUUCUAGGGUAUUUGAUAUAAUUGAUGAUGGACAGCUUGAUAACAGAAGUGCAUACAGUGGAUACAGUGAAAGCUGGCAGAGUGGCAAUGGUCGACGUAGUCGAGAAUCCAGCCCAGACAGAGGCUAUAGUAGGGAGCAAGAAAGAGGUCGCUCAUAUGACAGAGACCCAGGUUAUGUUCGUGGUAGGAGCAGAGAACGGAAUCUAGAUGAUGAGCAUGAAUCUAGACGGGAGGGAAGCCGAGGCAGAAGCAUUGACCGAGAUCUGAGUGAGGAACGGAAAUAUAGGAGAGAUCGAGUAAGGAGUGUGGACAGGGAAGAGUCCUUUGAACGUAGCUACAGUGGAGACUACAGUCCAGAUAGAGGAAGUAACCGACGAUCCCAACUUGAUUACAAGAGUGAUAAAGAAGUGCUUCACCGCAGCCGAGAUCUGCUCCAGUCUCAUAGCCCAUCCCCUGAACCACUCCGACUAUCUGCCCGAAAAGGUCAAGAGAAACCCGUUAGUGUAUUACUUUUCAAAAAGAGGCAAAAUGAAGAGUAUGGUUUGCGACUAGGUAGCCAGAUAUUUAUCAAAGAAAUGACAGAUACUGGAUUGGCAACAAGAGAUGGCAAUUUAAAUGAAGGAGACAUUGUUCUUAAGAUCAAUGGCACGGUGACAGAAAAUAUGUCUUUAGCUGAUGCCCGGAAACUAAUUGAGAAGUCAAGAGGGAAACUGCAACUGGUUGUACAAAGAGAUGCCAGACAGACACUGAUCAAUGUACCUUCUUUGCACGACAGUGAUUCGGAUAUUGGAGAUAUAUCUGAAAUAGAAUCCGACCGUUCCAGCUCCCCUCAAGAUGAUAGGAGAUUACAGCAUUCAGACUCUCCUUCCUUCACCGAGAAAUUGAAAGAAAUGCCAGUCUCUAAAGAGGAACCACCUAAGAGACUUGCUAAGAUGGGUGCCAUGCCCACUCCUUUUAAAGUGUUGAAUGCAGCUGAAACACCAAGUCCACUUUCUGUAAGCCCAGUUCCAGGGCCCAUCACAGAAGCAGUAUACUUAGAAGAAGUUCAAGAUGACAAACCUAUAGCACCUACCAAUAAUUUUUUGCAACCAAGUCCAGAAGAUCUAGAGACCUAUGGACCCAAUACAAAAAUGAUCCAGUUUCGAAAAGGUGAUAGCGUUGGCAUGCGUCUUGCUGGGGGCAAUGACGUUGGUAUAUUUGUGGCUGGUGUGCAAGAAGGUAGUGCUGCUGAGCAGGAAGGUCUUCAAGAGGGUGACCAGCUGCUUAAGGUGAACUUACAAGAUUUCCGUUGCAUUGUUCGAGAAGAUGCUGUCCUUUAUUUGUUGGAAAUCCCAAAAGGUGAAGAGGUGACCAUUUUAAUCCAGAGUAAAUAUGAUGUAUACAAAAAUAUACUUGCUUGUGGUCGAGGGGAUUCAUUCUUCAUAAGAACUCAUUUUGAAUAUGAAAAAGAAGGUCCACAGUUCCUAGGAUUCACAAGAGGCGAGAUUUUUAGGGUGGUUGAUACCCUAUACGAUGGAAAACUGGGCAGCUGGCUGUCUGUUAGGAUUGCCAAUGAGUUGGAGAAAGGCCUUAUUCCUAGUAAAAGCAGAGCCGAUCAGCUGGCCAGUGUGCAGAAUUCACAGAAAACAGGGGGAGCCGGAGACCGGGCAGAUUUCUGGAAGAACCGAGCCCAAAGAGCUGGAGCAAAGAAGAAUGCUAAGAAGGGUCGUGAUGACCCAACUUCAAUCUCGUGGAUCAGCACCAGAUUCCCGUCCUAUGAGAGGGUUAUGCUGAGGGAAGCCGGCUUUAAAAGACCUGUUGUGGUGUUUGGCCCGAUUGCAGAUGUAGCCAUGGAAAAAUUGGCAGCAGAUAUGCCAGAUCUAUUUCAAAUUGCCAAGACGGAACCUAAAGAUGCUGGCUCUGAGAAAUCAAAUGGGAUAGUGCGAUUAAAUACAGUUCGACAGAUCAUUGAACAUGAUAAACAUGCUCUUAUGGAUGUUACUCCUAAAGCAGUGGACUUGCUCAACUACACUCAAUGGUUCCCUAUAGUCGUGUUGUUCAAUCCAGACAGCAAGCAAGGAGUAAAGACCAUGAGGCAAAGAUUGUGCCCAACAUCAAACAAAAGUUCUCGGAAGCUAUAUGAGCAGGCAAAUAAGCUGAGGAAGUCCUGCGCUCAUCUCAUUACAGCCACUAUUAAUUUAAACUCUUCAAAUGAUGGCUGGUAUGGAAGCUUGAAGGAUGUAAUCAAAGACCAACAGAGAGAAGCAGUCUGGGUGUCAGAAGGAAAGGCAGAUGGAGUUGAUGAGGAUGAAGACCGAAUGUCCUAUCUGACUGCAAUGGGAGCUGACUACUUGAGCUGUGACAGCAGAUUGAUAAGUGACUUUGAAGACACAGACGGGGAAGGUGGGGCAUAUACAGACAAUGAGCUGGAUGAGAUUGUGGAUGAUCCAGUGCCAGUUUCAGCUAUUAGCCGGUCAUCAGAGCCCGUUCAUUUUGAAGAGCCUGUGGUUAAGCCAGUACCUGAACCAAGAAGUAACAUGAAAAAAGCCGGCAGCAGAGAAGUCCUACGAGAGCCAAGUCCGCCUCCAUUUAAACCAGAACCACCAAAGGUGAAGCCACAAGACAAGGAUGAGCUUUAUGAUUCUCCUCGCAGUUAUGACGCUAAACGAAGCAGCUCCAGUGUAGCCAGCAGUGAAAUCUCAGGUGAAUCUGCCAAGGCUGUACCCCCUCCCGUUGCUGCUAAGCCUGUGAUUGGUGGGAAGCCCAUUCUGAAACCUCCUGUUACUGUUACCACCUCAGCUGGGAUUCAGGAUGAGGGACAAGACUGUGAAAUACUAAAUCCACCCAAGUCUGUAUUAGGAAAAGUGAAAAUAUUUGAGAAAAUGGAUCACACUGCAAGGCAGCAAAGGAUACAGGAGCUUCACGAGGCACAAAAUGCACGGUUGGAGCUGGCACAGAAACUUCCUGAUAUCUAUGCUGUUCCUAUAAAGCCACAGAAACCUGAACCGAUUCGACCUCAACCAACAAGUUCUCGUCAUCCAGAGCCCCAGAAACCGGCUGCUUGGUCAUACAUGGAUAAGAGAGGAAGUUACGGAAGUGAUGAAGAGGAAGAUGAUUAUCGCCGCCAGUUGUCUGACCAGUCAAAGCGAGGGUUUUAUGCCCAACCAACAAAAUACAGGGAUACUGAAUUGUGAACUUUGCUCAAAAAUAGGGGAUACAGUGCAUCUGGUGGUUAAUAUUGUACAGGAAUAUAGAUUAUUUUUAGAUUAAAUGUACCGUGUUCUUUUUGGGUAGGAACAUGCAAAACGUUUGCAGUAUUUGUUCUGCUUGGUUUCUUUUACGUGUCCUAUUACAGACACUUCAAUUUGUAUUCUAAACUGAUGAACUACAGUGAUCGAUAUUGUAGUCUUUUGGUACGAUGUAAAUAUAAGAAGUAGUACUGCAAAGUUGUUUCCUAUGUUCAUUUGUCCUGAAAGCUCCACCUAUUCAGCAGGGAUGGUUCCGUUUUGGCAUACUUACCUCUUGUGAGGAUUCUGGCAAUGUCCUGCUUUCUAAUAACAUUCCAAAAAUUUUGACAAGUGCCUUUUUUGGCGUAGAAUUUCUUAAACAUGUGAUGCAUUAAUUUAAAAUAACUUGGCUGUUAAUGUUCCUUUGUCUCAAAUCAUUGGGCUAGUAUGUCUCUCUGACUAGUGUUUGCCUGUUACAACCAGGCUGGGAAAUACAUAGCCUGUUUUUGUAUUUUUUCUCCUGUUCUGUUUUCAGUAAUAAACCAUUUAAAUUACA